UUUCAUAUCUUCAGGAUACAAUGUUACCGCAUCUCUUCGUCCUUGUUUUCGCGUGUUGUCAUGGCUACAAGAUAGGACUCAUCCUCGAUUCUGAAGAUGAGGAGGGGGCGGAUGCCAUCAGGAGACUAGCUGAGUACACCAUCUCGAGGCUAGACAGCAGUGACACUACUGUGGAGCUAGUGGAGCAGUACCAUGACUCCACCUACCUCAGUCUCCAGACCUGCUUCUGUGCUUUACUGGAGCAGGAGGUGGUAGCUGUGAUAUCAGCAUGUGACUCUACUUUAACAGAUAUCCAGGCUAACCUCGCCAAUCAGUUCCAUCUUCCUCUCAUAGCUGCAGUUGCCACUAAUCCUUUCACUGACUUUCACAGAUCAGAUGAUUUUGAGAUCCGGCUGUCCCCCUCAGACGCUCACCAGAGUCGGGCUAUAUUCGACUUGUUGAAGGAGUAUAAAUGGUACGAGUUCUCAAUCCUCGCCUCAGCAGAUGAUUAUGGAAUAAACAGUAUCGUGUAUCUGCAAUAUUUAGCGUCCCAAGACGAUAACUUCAGCAUCAAGGAUGUUCAGCACUUUGAUGUGCGGAUGAACCUGUCAAAUCAUCUGCCUGUCUUCCAGAAGCAGCUUCAACUUAUCAAAGAUUCGCUCACCAAGGUUAUUGUUCUCAACUGUGGUGGCAAAUACGCGAAAAAGAUUUUCAAGGAAGCUCAAGCUAUGGGGUUGAUGGACGACUCCUUUAUCUGGCUGACUACGGACGGAAUAACGGCCAGACCGGAGAGUAUUGCCUAUCAGAACUCCUCCUACCCCUCCUUCUACACAGGACUGAUAGGAACCCUUCCUUACUACGGUAAAGGCUCUCAACAGUAUAACGACCUAGCAGACUCCUAUAUCUUAUCAGGGGGGCCCGGGUCGGAUCUGCAGUUACCAUCUGUUAAAAUAGCAACUGCUCUGAAAGUGGUCCACCUCUCUCUGACGGAUCUGGACAGAGGUUCCUGGAGUAGCUCCCCCUCUAGUUACCAUAGUAACACUACUAGUUACCAUAGCUCCCCCUCCCUUAACUGCAAAUCAGCAACUUUCUGGGAAGAGGGUCGGACAUUGUAUAAUAAAAUAGUUGGGAACCUUGAUGCAGGAAUACAUUUGGGCCUGGGAGACCCAUCAUAUGACAUAGUGAAUUUUAAACGAGACGGCUUCAUAAAGGUGGGGACAUGGGACAACAGCGGGCUACGUGAUCUGUCCGAUGAAAAGGUACCGUGGACAGGGAGGAAGGACGUUCAGUUCCUGGGAGGUGGUACAGCGUCCCCCACUGGUAUCGGCAGUUCUCUUACAGGAUACCAUCUCAGGAUAGGUAUUGUCCCUGAACCACCUAUAGCCUUCUUAAAGCCGGAGUGUGAGGGGAGGAACACGUCUUCUCCGGACUGCUGGUUUGGUUGGAACCCUGAUAUCAUCAGUCAUCUUCAGCAGGACCUAAACUUCACCUACGAGUAUGUCAGGCCUGCAGAUAACAAAUACGGAGGACUGGAUCCGGAAACUAGAAGAUGGAACGGAAUGAUUGGAGAUAUUUUGGAUCGGAAAACUGAUCUAACGAUUGUCUUGUCAAUCAACACGGAGCGGUCACAAUAUAUCGACUACACAUCUUCAAUAUUUGAGGACCAAGCUUCAAUCAUCACGUACAUUAAGUCCUCCAAGAGUUCAACAAACUACUUCUUCUUUCUAGAACCUUUUGAAAUCUCAGUGUGGCUAACCAUCAUAGGUCUCAUCUUAGUGAUUGGUUUCUUGACGACGUUCUUCAGCAAAUUCUCUCCAUUUGGAAGCUAUGGGAGGAAAAUACACGCUAUGCAGGUUUGCACCUGUGUUAAAUGCCUGUAUAGAAGGAAGAUAAAGGCAGAAAGGAAAUGCAGGUUUGUAGAUACGAAGGAAUACCACUGUUUGGUGGAGAAGGUUGAAGAGGACGACGAUCUCAACGAGCUCUCUUACUACAACUCCGCUUGGCUUAUCGGCACGGGGUUCGUGUUGCAAGGAACAGACACUCUCCCAACAGCCCCCUCAGGGCGGUUCCUUCUCUUCAUCUGGUGGCUGUUCAUCAUGAUACUAACCUCCAUGUACACCGCCAACCUCACCGCCCAUCUCACUCUAGACAGGUCUACUGCCACAAUACGAGGCCUGUCUGACUUGCUGGUGCAAAACGACUACAAGUGGGGACUCAUCCAGGACAGGAACCUGCAGAUCAUGAUGUCCAGUCAUGACGAUGAGGAGUACAACAAGAUAGCUGAGAAGGGAGUGCAACUGCAGGACCUUCAGGAGGGAAUUGACAAAGUUAAAGAGGGUGGGUUUGUCUUCAUAGACGACAGUUCGGUUCUGUCCUACAAUUUCAAGGGCGACUGCAAAACAAUGCUCAUAAAAACGGGUAAAUUCAACAACCAGUGGGCGUUUGGAACACAAGUGAACUCUCCCUACACCGCCCUGAUUAACAAGAUGUUCCUGAGGUACCGGGAGAAGGGCUGGUUCACCAGCAAGUUCGAUGAGUGGUACUCCAGCGACGACGUGGCAGCCUGUGCUACCUCAGUUGGGAGUGACACUAAGUUCGGGUUGCCUAUUCUAGUGGGACUUUUCCUUAUUCUGGGGGUAGGAGCCUCACUGUCGUUUGUAACAGUGUUCUUGGAAAUAUUGUACGUAGCCCGGCAGGACAGUAUAGAGAAGGGACAGUCUGUUCUCACGUGCUUGCAGAGCAGGAUUAGGUACAAGUGUCGUGAGGUGAUUGAGGAAUGGUUUGAUCCGCCCAACAUGGGCAAGAAGAAGGAGCAACUAACAUACGAAGCUAAAAUAGGUUCUGGUAACAUUGAUACGACAAACGAUUCAGCAAUGAUUUGAUCUUCAGUUUACGUUGGUUAUUAUUUAAUUGAUACUAGAAAAGGCUUGCGCCGCGCAGACGCUGCUGAAAUAGCUGCAAUAAAACCUGACAACUUUGCCUCCCUAUACCAGACCCCAGUAAACCUACAAAUGGUUUAUCAUUAAAUACACUUUUAAUGAUAAUAAUACCACGUGUGUACUAUAAAUAUAUUGUAUAUACAUUAUACAUGGUAUACAAUAUGGUAUACUAUACAUUGUAUAUACUGUAUAAAUGGUAUAUAUGGUAUAAUAUACAUUGAAUAACAUUAUAUUGUAUAGUAUACAUUAUAUAGUCCACGAGGAACUAAGAUAGAUUCUUACAUCUAAACAAGGAUCAAGAAGCUCUUAUUCUUAUUAGAAUUUCUUAAAGGGGUGUAAAUGUGAGAUUUAACCAUUUCUUUUGUUUGAUAAUGUUUGAAAUUGAGAAUGAUAUUCAACGUUUGGCUACUCUUUUAAUAUUUUAAAUGAAGCUGAGUUCUUUACAAUCGAAGUUUCUUAUUUACAAAACGAUCUAAAACAAAUAAUAAUAGUAAGAAAGUUUUACUGACCAUGCCAUUUCCAUUGGGACCGUUGGGUUUCCACAAAGGAACGUUCUUUCUCUUCUCGCCUUUCUCUUUUACCGAAUCUUUCUCCUCAUCUGAGCAGGAUUAGAGUUAAUUAAUUGUACGCGCCAACAAAAUAUCAUUAUUUGAAUAUCAUGAAACCACAACUAACAGAUUACCAAUAUUUAAAUGUU